UUUUCCCCGAGGCCGUCGACAAUUUGCAACGUGAUACAUUUGUGUGGGAUUUCCCACGUGAAAAGUCGACGCUGGCGAGCCGCGUGUGUGGGGAGCUGCCUUUUUCUCCUUCCACCACCCAAGAAGACAAGACCACCACCACCACCUCAUCUCCACCAUGGUUGACAAGAAAGUGCAGGCAAAGGCCAAGGCCGCCGUGACCAAGGCCAAGACUGCCGCCAAGGCAGCUCUUGCUGGUGCCAACAACCGCCGUCAGCGCAAGAUCCGCGUGCGCCCCACUUUCUACAGACCGAAGACCCAGAUUCAGGCACGCAAGCCCCGGUACCCCCGCCGCUCUGUGCCCAAGAAGCAGUCUCUGGACAAGUUUGCCAUUGUCCAGUACCCUCUCACCACCGAGUCUGCCAUGAAGAAGAUUGAGGACAACAACACGCUGGUCUUCAUCGUGGACAAGCGCGCCAACAAGUUCCAGAUUAAGGCCGCCGUCAAGGACCUGUACGACAUUGACGUGGCAAAGGUCAACACCCUCAUCCGCCCCGACGGUCAUAAGAAGGCGUUUGUUCACCUUGCCCAGGACCACGAUGCGCUUGAGGUCGCCAACAAGAUCGGCAUCAUCUAAAGAGACUGCUGCUUCCCUUUUUUCGAUGCCUUUGUUGAGUGGUGUGUGUGUGGUGAGCUUGCGAUGUCAGUAUUGUUCUCCGUUGCAGUAAACGCCGAACUCUCUGACAA